AGUGAAAGAGAGAAAGGAAGAGAGAGAGACAGGCACAGACAGUGAGAAAGACAGUGAGAGUACACCCUGCUGAGCAGUUGAGUAGUGCUGCAGUGAUAUGAAGUUGAACUGACACGUGCUUACAGAAACACAGAGACACUGACACAGUGAAGGUGAUGGGUUACCUGCGCUGAUUCCCAGAAGCCCUCUUGGACACAGAAAGACUGGCCUGCUGCCGGCGAGGAUGAGGCCCCAAAUGGAGAGGACCAGUCUGGCUCUGUCCCUUCUGCUGCUGGUGAUAUACGUCCCUGGAGAUGCUUGGGGACAAGAGACACACUGUGAUCCAGAGAUUCGAGUAAAGCGCAAUACAACAUAUAAGGCUGUGGCAAAAGAAUCCCUGAAGAUUAUGUGUGCAGUCAAACAUUGUGGCCAAGAGUUCAAUUUCACCUGGUGUAGAUUUCACACUGACAACAACUGCAAACCUGUGGACAAAAUGUACAGCAUCACACAUGGGUGGGAAGAAUCUAAAGAGGAUCCGAACUGGGGUGACGUGUUCCUGCUUUUUGGAAAUAUGAGCUUGGAUGAUGCUGGACAAUACAGAUGUAGCAUCUUCAGUGUCAUAGGCAGCGCUGUGGGUCAUUUUAUUACAGUCAGCUUUUCAGCCACUGAGUCUCUUCAUGGUGUAAAUAGAAGCAACAGCAACACACACAUAUCAGCGGAGAAAGAACUCAACACCCAAGGCCCCAGCUGGAUCCCUCACUUUUCCAUCUGUACUAUCGUAGUAGCUGUGGUCAUCACGGUGAUGGUGAUUUCCUUUUUGUGCAUGAAUGGAUGUAAAGGAUUACAAAGAUCAAGAAAUGCGGAUGCAAGCAACUGUCAGAGUGGGAGAAAUAUCAGCUCUCUGAUCCUGGAGUUUGGAUGACUCCCUCCAGGGGGUGAAAGAUAACAAGAAAAUCCUGGACCAGAAUUCCAAAAAAAAGCAGGCUGGUGCUCAUCGUAGGCGAGGAGACUUCCCCCUGAUAAAGCCCUUCUUGUUUUUGGAAAGAAGCAUCGGACUUCUCAGGAGGGGUUCUGGUAAAAUAUGAUAAAAAUUUUAUUUCUCUGCCGCUGUUAUUUUUUCAACACGCUGGUAUUAUGCAGGUCCUUUUGUAUGACCACGAGUGAAUAAAAGCAACAAAACAGUAAUCUAUUUAAUGUUCCACAUCAAGGUAGGUUACCCCUAGAUAUAUGUUUGGGGGCCAAAUAACUCCUCUUUGCAAUUUAUCUUGCAAGAAUUAUUGCUUGUUAAAGAACUUAGUAGCCUGGAGUAUUCCUUCAAAUUUUGUGUUCUCAGAAUUACAUUGUGAACAUGUCCUCAACUCAACUAAAUUAAACUUGUAUAGCACUUUUACAGAGACCCUCCUUCACAUACGCUUUACAGAGAAACAGAUCACUAAGUGUUUGUCUAAACAUAGCAGAUCUGUAAAUAUGGGGCCCCCAGAUUCAGGUUGUGAUGCUAGUGUAACAUAGUGCUGGAGUUCAUAGCAGUUCUUUUAUCAAUCUCCAGUAUGGAAAACAUCUCCCCUUAUACAGCAGUCAGCCACUGGUAUUCAUAAAAGUUCAAUGUAAACUGACCAAUGGGCCGAAUUUCCCUUUGGGUCUGUCCAAAUAAAAAUAUAUCUAAGCAAGUAUCCAAUAGGCCCCUUAGCUCACACAUAAAUUGUCUCAUUGAAUUAUUUGACUGACUUUCCAAACACAGUAUUUCAGGGCUAAAAAGGACAGAAAAACACAAAUAUUUAAAAAUGAUUUGGCAUGAGUAACAGAGUACACACUGCAAACUUCACGCACAUGUAACACAUGCUGAUGGAUAUUUUAAAAAAACAAACUUCCAUUUUGAUUUAAACCGGACUUGUGUCAUGAAAAACAUAGAUGGAACAUUUGCGCUUAGUUU